UGCCCCUGUACGUCACUGCGUCGAGCAGAAAGAGAGAGAGUGGGGGGCGAGAGAGGGAGAGAGAGGUUUAAACAUGCGAUUAUGACGGGUUUGCGUUCAUAACCCGAACGACAGUCUAUUGGUGUUGGGCUUUCAGUGGAGAGGUGUAUGAGGAGUGCCGGAGAAAAGACUUUUACCUCGAUCAGGUAGCGGAGGAGGUGAGAGCAGGAGGAGGCAGCUGGAUUUGGAGAAGGAAAACAACAUGGCCGCUGUGGAGCUCGAGUGGAUCCCUGAGACGCUGUACAACACCGCGAUAUCAGCAGUGGUGGACAACUACAGCCGGUCGCGGCGGGACAUACGGUCUCUACCAGAAAAUAUACAGUUCGAUGUCUACUACAAGCUUUACCAGCAAGGCCGGCUUUGCCAGCUGGGAGGGGAGUUCUGUGAGCUUGAGGUCUUUGCCAAAGUCCUACGAGCCUCUGACAAAAGACACCUCCUCCAUCACUGUUUCCAAGCUCUGAUGGACCAUGGUGUUAAAGUGGCCUCAAUCUUGGCAAACUCCUUCAGUCGUAGAUGCUCAUACAUCGCAGAGUCAGAUGCUCAUGUUAAAGAGAAAGCUAUCCAGUUUGGCUUUGUUCUAGGUGGUUUUCUGUCAGAUGCUGGCUGGUAUGGAGAUGCAGAGAAAGUCUUUCUCUCGUGUCUGCAGUUGUGUACGUUACAUGAUGAAGUUCUGCACUGGUAUCGUGCAGUGGAGUGCUGUGUGAGGUUGCUUCAUGUACGUAAUGGCAACUGCAAAUAUCACCUGGGAGAGGAGACCUUUAAACUGGCCCAAUCUUACAUGGAAAAGCUAGCCAAACAUGGCCACCACGCUAACAAGGCUGCCCUUUACGGAGAACUCUGCGCUCUUCUCUUUGCCAAAAGCCACUAUGAUGAGGCAUACCGGUGGUGUAUAGAGGCCAUGAGGGAGAUCACAGUAGGUCUGCCUGUGAAAGUGGUGGUUGAUGUUCUGAGACAAGCCUCUAAGGCAUGUGUUGUUAAACGGGAGUUCAGGAAGGCUGAACAGCUGAUAAAACAUGCAGUAUUUCUUGCACGAGAACAUUUUGGACACAAGCACCCCAAAUAUUCAGAUACACUGCUAGAUUAUGGAUUUUAUCUACUAAAUGUGGAUAACAUCUGCCAGUCUGUUGCCAUAUAUCAGACUGCCCUUGAUAUUCGGCAGUCCGUAUUUGGAGGGAAGAAUAUUCACGUGGCCACAGCGCAUGAAGACCUGGCGUACUCCUCUUAUGUGCACCAGUACAGCUCUGGUAAAUUCGAGAAUGCACUAUUUCACGCAGAACGUGCCAUAGACAUCAUAACUCACAUUCUCCCAGAGGACCAUCUGCUGCUGGCCUCAUCCAAGAGGGUGAAAGCCCUGAUUCUGGAGGAGAUUGCCAUUGAUUGCCAUAAUAAAGAGACAGAAGAGCGCCUCCUGCAGGAAGCCCAUGACCUACACCUCUCCUCCUUACAGCUGGCCAAAAAAGCCUUCGGAGAGUUCAACGUCCAGACAGCAAAACAUUAUGGCAACCUAGGCCGCCUCUACCAAUCCAUGCGCAAAUUUAAGGAGGCUGAGGAAAUGCACAUUAAGGCUAUCCAGAUCAAAGAGCAGCUGCUGGGGCAGGAGGACUACGAAGUAGCUCUGUCUGUGGGGCACCUGGCCUCUCUCUACAACUACGACAUGAACCAAUAUGAUGACGCUGAGCGCCUCUACCUGCGAUCCAUCGCCAUUGGUAAAAAGCUGUUUGGGGAAGGCUACAGUGGACUUGAGUACGAUUAUAGAGGCCUGAUCAAGCUUUACAACUCAGUGGGCAACUAUGAGAAGGUUUUUGAGUACCACAACAUCCUGUCCAACUGGAAUCGUUUGAGGGACAGGCAGUUUGCUGUGGCAGAUGCACUAGAGGACGUCAACACAAGCCCCCAGGCCACAGACGAGGUGGUGCAGUCCUUCCUGCUCUCACACAGCCACGCUGCAGGACGCUCCUGUAUGGGCUAAUGACAGAAACAUGCGCUCUUCACUCCAUAUUCUCUCCACUCACCCUCAAAACCAUCCACCUUCUCAUACAUGCCCACUCGAAAUUAUUCACAUCAAACGACACCUGGCUGGGAGAGGGACCAGAUCCCGAGGUCACCUAUGCCAGCAUGUCCAUCAGCCCUAGUCACACUCAUGAACCCUGAAGAAAAUACAUGGCAUCUCUCCCAACACACUCAGCACUCAUAUUGUGGGGGGAGGGGAGAAGCCUUCUGUCAUCACCAGGCUCACUUUCCUACAGAGGAUCUUCAGACUUCAGAGGAUCUGACUACUUCUCUGACUUGCUAAAGAAGACAGGAAAAAUAGGUUAAAAAAAUAAAAGAAACAGAGGGCAACCUUAUAUAGUUUUGCUGAUUAAAAUGUAAAAUGCCCACUGUUUGGUUGUUGGGUUUAUUUUGUUUGCAUCUGAAGCAUUGCUCCACACAUCCACGCCCUCAGAGUUCUCUACGUGUGAGGCUGGGACAGAGCGCAUCACCCACUGAAACAGGCCCGGUGGACAGAAAGGUCCUUUUCACCAAGACAAGUGAAGGACAAUUACAUGGGCACUUGAGUUUCUGUUCUUAUGAAGGUUCUCCCUUUUCUUCGAUGCAGAACCCUGCAUUAAGGAUUACAUGUGUUUGCUAUUUUGGCAAGUGCGAGGAGCCCUGUGUUACUCGAUCAUUUCUGAAUUUUUUUUUUUCUCUCUUCUCUUCCUCAUGCCAUGUUGAAAUCAGUGGAUUCUAUGGACCAGCGGAUUUCCUUUUGCUUUAGAUGCAAAGUUUUGUUCUUUCUUCUGAUUUGUAUUCAUGCAUAUUAGUACCAAUAUAGCUUAAUUUAAAAUGCCAAUAAUUUAUAUGCAAACUGUGCUAUAACCUUUAGAUGUAUCGUUGCAAGUGGAUGAGCCAAAUUCAACUUCUAUUAAAACAGGAGAUGAGACCAUUGCUAUCAGUUUGAGUGAACAGAGGUGGAGAGGAGAGGCUUUGACACACUGACCAUGGCUCAGUGAAAUAGCCCCAUGACCCACACGGAUGAUGAUUGUGAGGGUUGGCAAUCAUGUGGCUAGCUCUCAUUGGUCGUCAUCAUUAUCCUUUCAGAGCUCUAUCCAGAUCUGCAUUGAUCAAGACCUUUGGCCCUCUACCAGCUGUCGGGGAUCCAUAGAAAAGAGCUGAUCGCUGCACCUGGCUUUGUGAGGAGGCACCACUACAGAGGGACCAAUUGUAUGAGGGGCGUACGCGGUUUGGAGCACUGUCAUGGUGGCAGACAUGCUUAAAAGUACCCUGUUGUACAGUGUAGACGACGAGUGCAAUCUCAUGCCACUGUACUCUUGACUGCUGAGUCAAACACCUUCACCUCAGUUACUUACUGAUGGCUUCUCUCCACAUAUUAUGUAACUCAAUAAAAAAAGGCUCCCGGCAAGGCUUUGCGUAAAGCACGUUUACACAAAAACACAUUUGUUACUUCUAAACAGGCAGUAUUCUCAAAAUUACAUUUCCAAAUUACAUAUUCAAAAACACAAUUGUGUGUUCUAUUUUACAAGACUAUUGUUUGAACAGAUGUUUUCUUUGUCUUAAGUGGCGAAACGAUAUUGUGAAUUCAGUACUUUCCUACAUGCACACACAAAAUCACGUGUGUUUGUAUGUAUACAAAUGAUUAAAAAUGUAUGUGUGUAUAUACAUAAUAGCAAAGGCAGAGCCUUGCCUUGGUCAGUGGUCGCAGUGGUUAGGAAUGUGCUGUCACGCAGCAGUGCAUGCUGCCUCUGGUGGUACCCCAGGGUCCCAGCUCAAGCUAAAGUCCUAGCCUUAGCCUUAAAGGACGCUCGGCUGGUGGCACUCUACUCUGUCAGCCUUUCGCAAUAGCUUGCUUCAAACCAACUCCCACCACAGAAUUACAAAAGAGUUCAAAGACAACACUAACUAAGCUAGUCCCAUACCAGCUCACACCUCCAUGGCCACCUGGCUGCUGUGAGGGUACUGAGGUUAGCCUCACUCCUGGGAUAUAUUCUUGAAUUUAAACCUUUUUCAGCCACUCCAUACAGACGUCAUAAAGGGAAUCAGGAUGGAGAAAGAGUUUGCCUUGUUCACACUGACAAAAAAGAAGAAUCGAGUGGAAUAUUACAAAUCAUCAAAUAAAAUAAGCUGUGAUUUUAAAAACUGUAUUUCCAUUGCGCUGAUAAUUUGUAGUAACGACUGAAUUGUACCAUUCAAGUCAUAUCAGACAUUUGUGACAGAAGAUGGAAGUGAAACUCUUGUAUCAACCUGUUGAUGUGAUUUUUAAAGUUUUAAGAGUGCAUUUACAGCCCUCACCUUUUUAACAUUUGUUGCUGUAUUAGUUCGUACAAAACAUUUAAGACGAAGGAAAAAAAAAGAAUGACGUAUUGGAGUAAACUUGUCUCCUCCUCUUCUAAAUGAUGCUCCUCAUUUGAGAAUAUGUAGCUCUGAAUGCUUUCUAAUGAAUGUUAAGGGCUCAUUUGUGAACCUUAAGUGGUAUUCCGUGGUGUGGUGUAACAGUGAAGAGCAACGGAGAUUUUUGAGACUGUUUGAAACAUCCAAAGGGAUAUCUUGUCUCAUUUUUAGUGGGGCUAAAAUGUAGUUCCCAAAAACAAAGGUGCUUCUUUGUCGAUUCUGGUAUUUCCUUCUUUCUUUCUUCUUUUUUUAAGAGGACACCUUGUAAUAAUCUUAUUGCAUGUUUGAGUAACUACAUGUACAUAGAUGUAGAUGAAAAUGGUUGUCGUCUCAGAGAGUUCAUAAUCACGUACAAAGAGAACCAUCUACUGUUACACUAACAGGAAUCGAAUAUCCCUGGAAAUGAAAUUUGGAACAUGAACUUUGUGCCUCUGAAAAAGGUGAAACACCCUGAAUGAAUGGCUGUUAAUGACCAAGUAGAACAUUCUGGUGGAUGGAGAACUGUUGAAUGCUGGGUUGAUUUAUUGCGUAAAAAGUAGUAGGAACGUAAGGCUGACUAGUUUGCUGACCUGUCUAAAUUUGAAAUGCAAAUAAUUUCAGUCAAGAGUACUGCUGAGAUGCCGGAACGGUCUUUAUUGUAGACUGUGCUGGCGAUAGACUGCACACUGCAUGUGUUAUGAUUCUGAAAGCAUAGGUAUAAAGACAGCUCGCGCUACUGUGUCUGUCUACACAAAAGGAGAGUGGCCUUUUUGAAUUAUGCUGAUUGGGUGUGUUCAUGAAAUCUUUCAUCAUUCGUUCUUGCAAGUUGUACACACUGCCGCAAACAGGUUACAGCCUAAGCGGUGUUGGGGAGAAGCUGCAGUGCUAUGCUACUAGUUUAGUUAGUUUGAUCUACUUCAUUUGUUAAGUUACUACAUUUUUAGUAUUGUUUUGAGAUCAAUUUAGUUUUAAAGUAGUUCAAUUCACUCCUCUCAUCAAGUAGCAAGGUAGCUAUGUCAAAGCUGUUACAUUCUGCCUGAUUUAAAUGAAGUUUCAUAAAAUCCCAAGUUUAAGUCAUGUUUAUCAUCAAGUAGUUUCUCAUUUGUUUGUAGUUUCAAUGUACUGCUUUUCUACCCAUAAUGGCUUUGUUGUAGCCCACCAACUACCACCGUAGAGCAGCUGGUAGCUUAGUAACAUGUUUUAAGUAGCUUCCCCAACACUGAGCCAAAGUGCUAUUUCUUUUUACUUAAGCUUAUUCAUUUUUGCAUUGUGGUGGCGCUUAAGCAACUUUAGCAGGAAGGACUGUUUCCUUUGUCAAAAAUAAAUGUAUAUACACACAAAUGAAACUGUCCUUUCUUCCAUUUAAUCACUUUGAGGGUUAUGAAUUUGUCUUUGAGUUUGUUUUAUUGUCACUUUUUUUUAUUAUUAUUUAACUCCAUUCAUGGAACAAAGCACACCCUUAAGUCAAGUCUUGGGACAAGGUGGAAGAAGUACACUUGCUCAUUAAAUUAUGACUAAAUGUCUCUGAAAACCGUGUCCGUUACCCGUGCCACAGUGAGCCUCUGCUCGGAGAUGUUUUCACCUUGGAUUCAAGUCAUCUGAUGUGUGAUGUGUGUAACUAAGAUUAUUUCUGACUCUGUAGGGUCUGCUGUACAUUGUACAUCUGUAACCAUCAAAUCAUAUUAAACUCAUUUGUAUCCACAAGUUGUGAACACAUGUAACUACUUCUAACUGGGGAGAAAAGAUCUAAAGCAGAUGUAGACUAUAAUUUCCUUUUUUUGACACACUGAUGAGAGCAAUAUUAAAACACAUUUUUGUCCUAUCA